CGCCGUAAACACAGGAGAUUAAUCGGAAACACAAAAAGAAAAAAAAGACAUAAACUUUCACAUCGAGAUCGACAUUGAUUUCGAUUCAAUUUCAAGAGACCUACCCAGUGAUUAUCUCCUUAUCAAUCGUCAUAAUUGGUAAAAUCAGAGCAGUAGAACUCAAUUAAAUUUGCAAAGAUGGGUUCUGGAAAACGUGCUUCUUCUUCAAAUCCUGCAAUCUCAGGUUUGCGAGAAAAGCAUCAACAGGAUCUAGAGAAACUUACAUUGACUUCGCAGCCUUUCAAGACCUUUAGAUUAUUUGUCUUUGCUGUUUUUCUUUAUCUUAGAAGAUCUGUCUCGUACCUUCUUGCGAACGGUUGGCUUGUGCUCUUUAUCAGCGUUUUGGCGGCAGUUUCAGCUCUGCUUGUGACCCUAGAUGGCCCACACGUCAAGCACCUUGAAGAACUUUCUGAGUACGCUAGAUUUGGGCUGUGGUGGAUUUUCUUAGGUGUUGCAUCCUCAAUUGGUCUUGGAUCUGGUUUGCAUACGUUUGUUCUUUAUUUGGGUCCGCACAUUGCUUUGUUCACCAUAAAAGCAAUGACAUGCGGGCGUGUUGAUUUAAAAACUGCAAUAUAUGACACGAUCCAGUUAAAGAGAAGCCCUUCGUGGCUUGAUAAACCUUGCAACGAGUUUGGCCCACCAGUUUUUUCUUCAGGAGUUCCUCUUAGCAGCAUAUUGCCUCAAGUUCAGAUAGAAGCCAUCCUUUGGGGUUUGGGAACAGCGUUAGGAGAACUCCCUCCUUACUUUAUCUCAAGGGCAGCAAGUCUUUCCGGAGGCAAAAUGGAAGAGCUGGAAACAUGUGGUGGUGACGGUACUGGAUUCAUUGGUAGACGCGUAAGUCAGAUCAAAGGCUGGUUAUUGUCACACUCACAAUACCUCAACUUCUUCACUAUCCUGGUUCUUGCUUCGGUUCCUAACCCAUUAUUCGACCUUGCUGGAAUCAUGUGUGGACAAUUCGAGAAACCAUUUUGGGAGUUUUUUCUUGCAACUUUGCUUGGAAAGGCAAUCAUCAAAACACAUAUUCAGACGGUCUUCAUUAUAUGUGUCUGUAACAAUCAGCUUCUUGACUGGAUAGAGAACGAGCUGAUAUAUAUAUUAAGCUUUGUGCCUGGUUUUGCUUCUGCGUUACCUGCGCUCGCAGCAAAACUCCGCUUAAUGAAAGAGAAGUAUAUGGUUGCUUCACCUCCAGUAACUUCUGACAUCAAUGUCAAGAAAUGGGAUCUUUCAGUUGCAUCGGUGUGGAAUGGAGUCGUGUGGCUGAUGCUUUUGAAUUUCUUCGGCCAGAUUGUGACUGCAACUGCGCAGAGAUACCUCAAGAAGCAACAAGAAAAAGAAUUAGAUGCCUUGACCAAGAAGUCUUCGCCAGUCUCAAAGAAAUCUAAUUAGUCCAGAAGUUUACUAAUCAUUAUUUGUUUUUUUUCUUUUUCCAUAGAAACCAUAUAAGUUUGUGAUGCUUGCUUUUCAUCUGAGAACCAAAAAAAAAAUGAAAAGAAACUGUGUCUUGAGAUAGUUCUAAGUUCUAACUGUGGUUUGUUUCAUGAUGGAUUCACAUUUUUAAUCAUUAGUUUCCAGAUGUAACAGACUGCGAUUAUUU